ACAAAGAACUACAAUGGUGGGAUCACAAGGGAAAAUCAUAUUAUUUUGAAAAGUUUGAGAGAAAAGGAUGGAAUUAUGCUGACAUGUUUUGCAAAAAGAGAAGUUCAAACCUCACUAUAAUUAAAAAAAAAGAGGAACUGAACUUCAUAUUGAAUCACAUUAUGUUCCAUACUUGGAUUGGAGUGAAAAAAAAGAGUGGAAAAUGGAUUUGGAUCGAUGGGGAAGCCUUAGGAAGAGAAAUAUUUGCUGAUAUUGAACAAGAGAAGCAUGGGCAUGAUUGUGGUAAUAUAAUGAAAGGUGGUACAUUGUUAGCAGCACCUUGUAAAACUCCUAAUUACUGGAUCUGUGAAAAAUUUACUGUGCAGAAGUGAUAUAUAGAUCUCUUAAACAUGGAACCCUUUUUUCAUUUUGUGUAAUUAAUAUAACUUCUGUAAUUUAUCUUAAAUAUUUUAUCUUAGAAACAUUAAAAAAGCAUUGUUUGUUAAAUGUAUAAUUUUAUAAAUUCAAUAAAUAAAGAAACAAAUAUGAAAAUAAAGU